GCUCAGCGCGGAAGAAGGAAGAGGAAGAGGAAAGGAGCUGCUUUGCUUUUUUGCUGUUGCUGUUGCUUGUUGUUAUUAAGAGGAGGAGGAGGGAGUCCUUUAUUAUUAUUAUUUUUUUAUUUUUUAACGCCAGCUAUGGAUAUCUGCAGCUCCAGCACGUGGGAGUGAGCCAGCAAGCAUUUUUGCAACAGGAUGGUAUUAUUAAGAAAAAGACUAAAAUGGUGCCUUUAUAGUAGGAGUGUUAGCAUUGAAGCUGCUGGUGCCUUGUAGCUGCAGCUGUGUAGUGUGUGUCUGCAAAAAAAAAAAAAAAAGAAGAAAGAAAGUUAGCUCAUGAGUAGCUAAUGCUUAAGGCCUUCCGUUUCCUUUUUGGCUUUGCAGGACAGCUUAUUGUUUAAUUCCUGCCUUUUGUUACAAAGAAAAAAGAGCUCGUUUUUUGCUGGCGUUUGCAGCUUUGUGUGUGUGUGUGUGUGUAUGUGUGUGUGCUGUCUCAUCUAAAUAAGGCUGAAAUGAAGAGAGUGAACAGCUUUCAGAGGUUCAUGAACAGACGGGCUUCUGCGAACUGCCGCUACCAGCCCACCUGCUACGAGCAUGCUGCAAACUGCUACACUCAUGCAUGCCUCAUCAUGCCGGCCUUCGUUGGCAUGGCGCUGCUGCACCGGCUGUCCGACAACAGCUGGGAGAAGAUCACCGCCUGGGUGUACGGGAUGGGACUGUGCGCUCUCUUCUUGGUCUCCACUGUGUUUCAUAUCGUCACCUGGAAGAAGAGCCACAUGAGGUCAAUGGAGCAUUGUUUCCACAUGUGUGACAGAGUGGUCAUCUACUUCUUCAUCGCUGCCUCCUACACACCAUGGUUGAACCUGCGUGAACUGGGCCCUCUAGCAGCACACAUGCGCUGGUUUGUGUGGCUGAUGGCUGCUGCUGGAACCAUUUAUGUCUUCAACUAUCAUGAAAAGUAUAAACUUGUCGAGCUGGCCUUCUAUUUGACGAUGGGUUUUUUCCCCGCGUCAGUGGUGACGUCAAUGAGCAACACGGAGGGGCUAAGUGAGCUGGCCUGCGGAGGACUCAUCUACUGCCUUGGCGUUUUCUUCUUUAAGAGCGACGGCGUCAUCCCCUUCGCUCACGCCAUCUGGCACGUGUUCGUGGCGCUGGCUGCAGCCGUGCACUACUACGCCAUCUGGAAAUACCUCUACAAGGCUCCCAGCGCCGAUUCCCUCCUCGACUCGUGACCAUGACAACGGCGGCGGCGGCGGCGGUUGGAUGCUGGUGCUCCACCUUCCUCCUCCUCCUCCUCCUCCUCCUCCUCCUCUUCCUCUCUCUUUAUCUCAACUCGCCUGCACACUCGACUCCCUCAACUGCCCGCUAACGCUGCAGCGACAACCGAAAAAGUUUACGAAAAAAAAAAUCUUGACCAUGAAUUGUUUACUGUUUUCUAACGUUGGAGGAGAACAGUUUUUUUUUCUCUCUCUCUCUCUCUCUGUCAGCGUCUCCAUGGCGAUCAAAAAAAAAGCUACUUUCAGAGUUGUUUUGUACGACUUCAGUAUUAACAAAAAAAAACUAAAAAAAAAAAAGAAAGAGAGGGAGGGGAUUUAGACUUUUUACACUUCGUAAUUAAAACCUUCGGCACAUUGAUGAGUAUUUGAGGAAAAACGUUUUAUAGCGAGUGUUUUUGUAUCACGAUGAAAGUGAGUCACAUUCCACAGUUUGGAGUCGUUCGAGUGUCAAAAUAAAAUAAAAAAAACUUUGGAGAUUCAUCGUUUAUUUUGGAGGUUUUUGAGGUUUAACGAAACGAGGUGCUAAAAGUAGCAGGGCUGGGUAUAAAGGUGGAAGGUUUCUUUACUGUAUCUGCAUCUGAUUUUCAUCGCUGAUAUUAAAAAAACAUUUUGAGAGAUAUUCAUUUGAUUUUCCAUUUAAAAAAAAAACAAAGGUCCCCAAAAAAUAUGAGUAACUUUGCCAAAGUAAAAUUAAUCUUAACGUCACAUUUACUGUCAGCUUUUGUUUCCCUGUAUUAAAAAAAGAAAGGUACUGAGGUUUGUUACCCAGCCCUAAAUAACAGUCAGUCAGUGUUUUGGUUUUUUUGCUCUGCUGGUUUUUUUUUUUUUUUCAAGUCAAACAAAAAAGAACAAAACUUGGAAAGAAAGAAAGAAAAAAAUGCUCCUAAUGAGACGUUUUGAUCAUUUAUUUCCAUUUGUUUCACUCUCAUACCCAUCUUUAUCACAUUCACUCUGUUUUGUCACGUUUCUUCUUUUUUUGGGGUUGAUUGACAACCAAAUGCAGUUUCCACAGUUCCUCCUGUUUAGUAUUGAGCGCCCCCUGCUGGUUGGAUGGUAUAUGUGUGUGUGUGUGUGUGUGUGAGAAGAGCUGCAACGAUUCAUCAGUUUUUUUGCCAACUAUUUUUUAAUAAUCGAUUAAUCGUUUCAAGUCAAAUUCCAGCUUCUUAAAAAUUGUGAUUAUUUUCUCUUUAAAUCCUCCGUGUUAGAAAAAAAAGCUUUUUAAAAGACCAAACUAUUAAUUGAUAAUCGUUAAUAGCAGCUCUUUCAGUGUGUGUGUGUGUGUGUGUGUGUGUGUGUGUGUGUGUGUGUGUGUGUGUGUGUGUGUGUGUGUGUGUGUGUGUGUGUGUGUGUGUGUGUGUGUGUGUGUGUGUGUGUGUGUGUGUGGAGGCAAGACGAGGUGCGAUUUUGUUGUUUUUUUUAGUUAAUGAGCCAAAACGAUAAAAGAAAAUCAUCUCAGGCAGGUACGAGGAGACGACAUUUUUUUUUCCACUGUAUAAUAAAUGUGAACUCUGUGUGUGUGUGUGUGUGUGUGUGUGUGUGUGUGUGUGUGUGUGUGAGAGAUUGAAUGAAUGAAUGACAUUUCUCUCUCCCUCUCUCAGUCUCUGAUUUGCACCACUAGAACGACCAGAUUUCCAUUUUCCAGUGAAGAAAAAAAACAAAUCUCAUGUCUUUCAUCUUUUCUUUUUUUUUCUUUUCUUUUUUUUUUUUCAUUUGUAAAUUUGCUUCAUGGCUCCUGAUUCAUAAACUCAUUUUAUUUCUGUUUCUUUUCCUCUUUUUUAGUGAAGUGUGGAGCUAAAUUAUUGCUUCUUUUUUAUUUUAUUUUAUUUUAUUAAAUCGUGGCUCUUCUUCCUCUUCCUCCUCCUUCCUCAUCCUCUUCUUGAAAUGAUUUGAUUUUCCUCAACCACUCUCAGUUUUGUAAUGUUUGUAUAUUCUGUUGAUUUAUAUGAAAUCCUGGCCUUUUGCAAAGGGAGGAAAAAAAAAAGAGAGAAAAAAAAAAGUUGCUUGUUCUUGUCUGUUCCAUUGGCUGUUUUUAAUGGUGCUGCAUAAACAUGAAUGCUCCUCCUCCGCUAUACUGAAUAUCUCCUUUCUUAUAAUGUGACAAUAAAAGAUGAUGAUGAUGAUGAUGAUGAUGCA